CACUUGGGCCCGCCCCCACGGCCCUUGGUUGCCGUGGUGACGGGGGAAGCCCAACGCAGAGCCCCGCAGAGCAGCAUGCAGUACACAGGGAGCCAGUACCUGGGGGAAUACGUCCAUGGGAGGAUGGAGGGCAAGGCCGAAUACAUCCUCCCCACUGAAACGAGAUACAUUGGGGACAUGAAGGAUGGCAUGUUCCACGGUGAAGGGACGCUGUACUUCCCCAAUGGGAGUCGAUUCGAUGCCACCUGGGAGAACGGACUGGCCAUCAAGGGCACCUACACCUUCGAGGAUGGCCUGCAGUAUGAGGACAAGUUCUGGCAUUACUGUGACGGCUACGAUCGGAGAUUUUACACCGAGAUCUGCAACGGUCUGAAGCCAGCAGGUAUCUGUCAACUCACCAACAUGGACCCACCCAGAAAGGUGCCUCUAGGCCAUUACGACUGUGGAGAUGGUUUCUAUGACCCCAAAACGAGAAUCGUCAGAGAUUACCAGAAUCGCUUUCUGAGAAAUGCAGAUGACGAUGAACACGAGUGGAUCGUCCGCACGUGCCGGAAAGGCUGGGAGGAGAAAAAGGCCACUGGACCCAAGAAGUGAGCUUGGCGGCAGCCCCGCUGCACGAAUCCCUCCACACCACUGGGCAGACUGGAUCCUGGGAUGGCCCGAGGUGUGGAACCUGGCUUUGACCCAGCAAUAAAAGUGCUCCUCGACCCAGGGGCGUCCUGUGUACCUCUCA